GGCGGUCACGUGACUCGGCCGGGCAGGGGGGCGGGACUUUCCUCCCGUUCGACCAAUAGGAGCGCAGCAUUGGACCAGGUCCUCGCAGAUUCAUGAUGGAGAGGGAAAAAAAAAAAAAAAAAAAAAAAAGCUCGAGGGACUGAAGAAGACGACUAACGGUUCGGUGUCACGUUCAUGUAUGGAGAUGACCCACGCGCUUACCCGCACCGUGUCUUCUCCCGUGAUGAAAACGUGAACCAAAGGUGCUAGCAGACGGGCACGGAGGACGAGCUGCGGGUCUGAAGGGAAACAAGCGGUCCACCAUUGUGUCUGCGUAGAAAUAAAGAAGAAUGGCCUGGAUGUGGAAGAAAAAGCCACUUAUCGCCACCAGCCUGAUCGUGGCCGUGUCUCUUUUUGUGGUGGUGGUGAACUACUCGGAGAAACCGUACUUCCUCCUGCAGCCUGUGUUCGGUGAGGCGUUCAGCAGCCACUGGAUGUUCUCCAAGCAGCCCUACAAGGCCUUCAAACCUCACCUAGGCUACGUCAGCGUCCCCAAACAGGAGCCCCUGAAGCUGAGCUGUGAGCUGUGCAGCAUCGUUUCCAGCUCUGGUCAGAUGCUGGGUCAGGCUGUCGGCCCGCAGAUCGACCGCUCUCCCUGCAUUUGGCGGAUGAACAACGCUCCCACGCGGGGGUUUGAGAACGACGUCGGCCGGCAGACCACUCUCAGGGUGGUCUCCCACACCAGCGUCCCUCUGCUGCUGCAGAAGCCUCAGUACUUCUUCGGACAGAGCAACGACACCGUCUACGUGGUUUGGGGACCGCUGCGGAACAUGAGAAAGGACGGGAAGGGCAUUGUUUACAACAUGCUGCGCCAGGCGUCUGAGAACUACCCCCACGCUCGAAUCUACGUCACCACAGAGGACAGGAUGAACUACUGUGACAUGGUCUUCAAGAAGGAGACGGGAAAGGACAGGAUUCAGUCCGGCUCCUACCUGAGCACCGGCUGGUUCACGCUCAUCCUCGCCAUGGACAUGUGCAAAGAGAUCCAUAUCUAUGGCAUGAUAAAUGACACCUACUGCAAGUCAGACGGCUACAGAAAGGUUCCUUAUCAUUACUACGAGGCAGGAGGUCGGGACGAGUGCGCCGAGUACCUUCUUCACGAGAGCGCCCCCUACGGCGGACACCGCUUCAUCACAGAGAAGUCCGUUUUCGCCAAGUGGGCCAAAGCUCACGCCAUCAAGUUCUUCAACCCGCCGUGGCAGCUGUCGUGACCCCGGCAGAACCUGAAGCCCGAGCGUCUGGUUUGGCACAGAUUUCAUUUGUUUUGG